GCUGUCGUUUACCCCGAGCCUCGGGGCCUCACCUCGGGGGUGUGCUCCCAGAGGCCUUCGAGCCUCGCGGAACUCAGGGAUUUAGACAAACGCGAGCGGGGAGGAAGCCCGGAACGAUUCCUUCGCGGAACAGUUCAGGCGAGGCCUCUAGGAGCUCGGGGAGGGACGGCCCGCGGCGGGCCCGACGAGACUGGCAGGAUGGCGGCGGCAGACCGGGGUCCGGGGGUCGCCGUCCCCGUGGAGCUGCGGCGCGAGCAGCACAUGGUGUGUGUGGAGUACCCGGGCGUGGUGCGCGACGUGUCCAAGAUGCUGCAGACCCUGGGCGGCGAGGAAGGAGUCUCCCGGAUCUAUGCAGACCCCACUAAGAGGCUGGAGCUGUACUUCCGGCCCAAGGACCCCUACUGCCACCCCGUGUGUGCCAACCGCUUCGGUACCAGCAGCCUGCUGCUCCGGAUCAAGAGGAAGAUGAGGCGGCAGAGGGGGGCGCCGGGGACUGAGGCUAACCCCAAGGUCACGUUCGACAUAGAGAGCCUUGGCAUCGUCUCCACCGUUUACAAAUUUCAAGGAAUGUCCGACUUCCAGUACCUGGCCGUGCACACGGAGGCGGGUGGCAGGCACAUGUCCAUGUACAGCAAGGUGCUUAUGCUCAAGCCCGAGAAGGAGGGUUUCUUCCACCAGGAGCUGCCGCUCUACAUUCCCCCACCCAUCUUCUCCAGGCUGGACACCCCGGUGGACUACUCCUACCGCCCGGAGACACAGCACCGGGAAGGCUACAACAACCCCUCCGUCUCCGGGGAGAACCUGAUCGGCCUGAGCAGGGCCCGGCGCCCUCACAAUGCCAUCUUUGUCAACUUCGAGGGGGAUGAGGUACCCGAGCAGCCGCUAGAGGCUGCGGCCCAGACCUGGAGGAAGGUCUGCACCAACCCCGUGGACCACAAGGUGGAGGAGGAGCUGAGGAAGCUGUUCGAAAUCCGCCCCAUCUGGUCCCGUAACGCUGUCAAGGCCAACAUCAGCGUCCACCCCGACAAGCUCAAGGUCUUGCUGCCCUUCAUGGCCUAUUACAUGAUAACAGGCCCCUGGAGAAGCCUGUGGAUUCGAUUCGGGUACGACCCCCGAAAACACCCAGACGCCAAGAUUUAUCAAGUCCUUGACUUCCGAAUCCGUUGUGGAAUGAAAUACGGUUACGCCCCCAGCGACAUGCCCGUCAAGGCCAAGCGCAGCACCUACAACUACAGCCUCCCCAUCACCGUCAAAAAAACGACCAGCCAGCUCGCCACCAUGCACGACCUGAAGCAGGGCCUGGAUCCCUCGGGGUCGGCCAGUGCACGCAAGUCGGCCUCCAACAAGUACAAGCUCAAGGACUCGGUCUACAUCUUCCGGGAGGGGGCCUUGCCACCGUACCGACAGAUGUUCUACCAGUUUUGCGACUUGAACGUGGACGAGCUGCAGAAGAUCAUUCACCGCAAUGACGGGGCUGAAAGUCUCUGCACAGAGCGGGACGGCUGGUGCCUCCCCAAGACCAGUGACGACCUGAGGGACAUGAUGUCCCUCAUGAUCCGGCACACCAUCCGCUCCAAGAGGCCUGACAGGCCCCCAGGAGCCGAGGGCCUCUGGCUGAGACCAGCGACAGCUGGUGUGGGCGCACCCAGGAGCCGACGUCGGGACACACACGGCCUGUCUUUUGGCCCAGCUCUCUUCUCCAGCCCAGCCAAAGCUGACGGUGGGAAAGAACAGCUGACCUGUGAAUCUGGGGACGAGGAGGACGAGGAGGAGGAGGAGGAGGACGAGGAGGAAGAGGAGGAGGAGGAGGAGGAGGAGGAGGAGGGGGAGGAGGACUUCAAGCCGUCGGACGGGAGUGAGAAUGAGAUGGAGACGGAAAUUCUGGACUAUGUGUGAUGCAGCCCUGGGCUCAAGGCUGGGCCCCCCGACCAGGCCCGAUGAGGGACCCAGGACAAGCCAGGGCCCCCUGGUGCUGCCCGCAGCAGCCAGAAUGGCCCUCGGCGGCCGCGCUGAGGAAAGCAGCCGGGCACGGCUGACCCUGGUCCUGCCCGGGCUGCCCUCUGGCCCUGGGUGCCCGGGGACAUCCCGAAGGUCGUGCCCCGGCUUCGCACGGCCGCGAGCCAGCCCUGUGUCCCUCGGGCUGAGCCGGCGCCCAGCGCCUCCCUCUGGCUGAGACCCGCGAGCGCUGGCGGUGCAGCUGGUGCAGCGGGGGCGGGGCCGGCCCUGGCAGCUGCUGAGGCGAGGACGGGGCGAGGAGCCCGGUCGGUGGCCACAGGUGGCAAAGACCGCCGUUGUGUUUGGACCCCACCGUUUGGGGUAACCUGACAAAGGGCAGGCCCAGCUGGAAUUGUCCGUAUUAAACACAUCUUCCCGAGGAGUCUUGGCGUCUCAGUGGGGCUGUCAGAGCCAGGGCGGGGUUUCCUCUUGCCUCUGGGCUUGGGCUCCCGCUGGACCUCGGCUGUCCCUUCCGUCGUUCAUUCAGUGACCUGGUGGUGGGUGAGGCCGGGGUGGCUGAGAACAGGCCCGACGCCCCUCGCCGGGUGGGCCGGGUGAGAGCAGCCAGAAGU